GGUUUUCUCCACUCUGCUCACCGGGUCCAACAGGACCCGGCAGGCGGAGCCAAGCUGCCGUGACGUCACGGGCGGGGGCGUGGGGAAGUGUGCCCAGGGGCUGCCACCCGCCCGGGCCACUGCUAGCGGCGCAGCCAGCGGCGCGCUCGCGAGGCCACCGGCGCCUGGAGCACCAGUCCGCGGCUGGACGUCAAUGAUCUACAGGCCAGGCUAGCUCUCUCGGGGCCCGGGCAAGCUCUCUCAGACGCCAGAAGGGCCAGCAGGAGCCAGCCAAGGAAGCUGGGAGCCCGGGAGCCACUGCUGAGCACCAAACACCCGCUAAGCCUGCUGUGCUCCUGGACGCCCAGCUGGGUAAAGGACAGCUUCUGGGUGCUAGAGAACACAGGGAAGCGAGUGCUCGAGGAAAAGCAAGAUGUCACAGUAGACUCUUGGCCCCCAGAGCCGUGUGAGGCGAGAGGAAGAUCUCUAGGCUGCUUGGUUCUAAACAGAGUGGAAAGCAGCCAUGGAGAUGAGCUCUGAGCAGUUGAAUGGGAGCCAAGUAUGGGUGUCCUCUCCAUUUGACCUCAACGGCUCACUGGGGCCAAGCAAUGGCUCCAACCAGACCGAGCCAUACUACGACAUGACAAGCAACGCUGUCCUCACAUUCAUCUACUUCGUGGUGUGUGUCGUCGGGCUGUGUGGCAACACGCUGGUCAUUUACGUCAUCCUCCGCUACGCCAAGAUGAAGACCAUCACCAACAUCUACAUCCUCAACCUGGCCAUUGCAGAUGAACUCUUCAUGCUAGGGCUGCCCUUCUUGGCCAUGCAGGUGGCGCUAGUCCACUGGCCUUUUGGCAAGGCCAUCUGCCGGGUGGUCAUGACCGUAGAUGGUAUCAAUCAGUUCACCAGUAUCUUCUGCUUGACGGUCAUGAGCAUCGACCGAUACCUGGCCGUGGUGCACCCCAUUAAGUCAGCCAAAUGGAGGCGACCCCGGACAGCCAAGAUGAUCAAUGUGGCUGUGUGGUGUGUGUCUCUGCUCGUCAUUUUGCCCAUCAUGAUAUACGCCGGCCUCCGGAGCAACCAGUGGGGCAGGAGCAGCUGUACCAUCAACUGGCCAGGCGAAUCCGGGGCGUGGUACACAGGUUUCAUUAUCUACGCCUUCAUCCUGGGGUUCCUGGUGCCCCUGACCAUCAUUUGUCUCUGCUACCUGUUCAUCAUCAUCAAGGUGAAGUCCUCUGGAAUCCGAGUGGGAUCAUCCAAGAGGAAAAAGUCAGAGAAAAAGGUGACCCGCAUGGUGUCCAUUGUAGUGGCUGUCUUCAUCUUCUGCUGGCUCCCCUUCUACAUCUUCAACGUCUCUUCCGUGUCUGUGGCCAUCAGUCCCACCCCAGCCCUGAAAGGCAUGUUUGACUUUGUGGUGAUCCUCACCUACGCCAACAGCUGCGCCAACCCCAUCCUGUACGCCUUCUUGUCUGACAACUUCAAGAAGAGCUUCCAGAAUGUUCUUUGCUUGGUCAAGGUGAGUGGUACGGAGGAUGGGGAGAGGAGCGACAGUAAGCAGGACAAAUCCCGGCUGAAUGAGACCACGGAGACCCAGAGGACCCUCCUCAAUGGAGACCUCCAAACCAGUAUCUGAACAACCCAGGAAUGCAACAUGCACACACACUAGCCAAGCCCUGACUCCCGUCAGUGCGUCUCCCAUUCCCUGGCUUCCCGCCUCCCCUAUCCAUCACACCCGGCUUCUAGAACAGAGCUGUGUUCUACACGCGCCCCGUUCAGAGAACAGGAUUUGAGUCUGGCUUGUCCGAAAGUAUACCCCUCUGGUCACGUCUCCCCUAAAGUGAACAUUUUCGUGCAGGCAGACAAUUCACAGUCCGGAGCAGAAGACAUCAUUGCCUGGGUGUGACCUGGUGGAAAACAGCUGCCCAGCAGAAACCGGAAAAACCAAAACUAAAUCAAAGUCCUGUGUGUAUGUGUGCUAACAUGUUACGUAAAUCUUGUGAUCUGAUAUUUACAUUUGUAUAUCCCCCUCCCCAGUCACACAAACAUGUCCCGUGUUUGUAAGCCCAAGUAGCUAGUUCGUGUGCGUCUAGUAUAGGUGGACAGUUACCACAACGCUGACCCUGAAGAAAAGGACUUGCCACGUCAAAGUCAGUUUAAUCGAAGCUUCCAGCAUCUCUCUUGCAUGGGCCAUCCCCAGACAUGGGAGGAGCAUGAGCAGU